AUGUGUUGCUCGUAUGUACGGGUCGGGAUGGAUGGAACGUCGAAGUUCAGCGAAGAUUGUAUGAUGAGACUGAAGGAUGUCUAUGUGGAUGCGGAUGUGGACGUGGUCGUGGUGGUAGAGAGGGAACAGAGACGAGUCAGCAAUAGCAAGAAAGAGUCGCAUACUUUGUCGAGGCUGAGCUGCCAGUCAGACAUUGCGAAGCCAGCUUGGUGCGAGGUCAGGCAGAGGGCAAACCGUGCGGUCAGCAAAGAGUCUCGCCGAGUGCUCAUCAUCCGUCGAUCCAUCGAGUUUCGGCAAAGCACCUCCAAGGUGGGACGCCGACAGCCUGCUGACUGGAACUUUGGCGGGGUUAGUAAGGACGCGCGCUGCUGCCAGAAAAUUUCGCACAAGUUGAAGUGCAAAGGCAGGAGGAAGCCGUCACGUCAGAAAACGCUGGAUGGCGUGCUCGCUGACUUUCGCAAAAAAACUCCACAACGGGAAAGUCGGUACUCCAAACCAAUCAACAACAAUCGGUAG